CCAAAACCUAUGGAAAGAGUCUUAAAUUAAUUGAGAAACUAAACUUUAAACUCACCAAUUGAUCAUAAACAUGAUAUCCCUGAAAAAUUAAAAUAAAAAAUAAUUGAUACUUCGCGAAUAGGAAGUUUUUAUUGUUUUCGAUAAUAAAGAUUAGCAGCUAAGAGUGGAAGCCUUGUCGUUAAAAUAAUGUUUAAAAAAGGAAGAAUACAUGUCCCGAACCCUUAUCUUCGUUGAACCGAUUUCUUUUCUGUGACACAUGAAAAACUGACCGGAUCAGUCAUUGGCUUAGAAUAAAGAGGCGACGCAGUUUGAAUAGUUUUCUAUCAAGGUCUUGAUUGUGAAACUUUUCAAAGGAUUCCAUGAGUAAUGUUUCAAAACAGAAGUCGGAUGUUUUAUUGUAUACCGGAUCUAAUUUUUUUCGUCAACGUAUAGUUUUAGCAACACUUUUCCGACAAUCGAUUUGUAUUCAAGAUAUACGCAACAGUACAAUAGCUUCAGGAAUCAAGCCUUAUGAAGCUUCCCUUUUACGUUUGAUUGAUAAAAUAACAAAUGGGUCCAAUUUUUAUAUUGAUGCGACGGGAACAGAACUACAAUUCAAUCCUGGUUGUUUAGUAGGAGGAGAAGAUAUUUGUCAUGAUUGUGGAUCUGAACGCAAUAUAACAUAUUUUUUAGAAGCUCUUCUGUUAUUAGCACCUUUUUGUAAGUAUCAUUUAGACAUUCGUCUUCGUGGCGUCACAAAUGGUUGUUUAUCGCAUGAUAAUGGAAAAGAAAGUUUAGAUCCAUCAGUUGAUUUGUUUAAAUCAAUUCUUCUUCCCUUUAUGAAACGUAUUGAUAGUGAAUUUGAAAAUAUAAAGUUAGAAAUCAUCAAAAGAGAUUUUGUGUCAUCUAAUAAAGGUGAAGUUCGCUUUUACUGCCCUGUAGUUCAAAAAAUCAAUCCUAUUCAAUUAAGCGAACAAGGACGCAUUAAACGUAUACGUGGUGUAGCAGUGACUCAACAUGUCUCUUCACAAUUCGCUAUUCGAAUGAUAGAUCGUAUUCGCUGGAGUUUGAAUGACAUUUUACCUGAUGUUUGGGUAUAUCAUAUUCUUUCAAAAAAUCAAGACAGUACAUUACCGGGUUAUGGUGUCACAUUGGUAGCAGAAACAAUGAAAGGAUAUGUGAAAGGUGUGGACGUUUUUUAUAACAAAAGUGUACAAGAAAUGUAUCAAACAUGUGUUGAAAAGGAGAAAAGUAAAAAAAAAUCGUUAACCGUUAAAAGUGAAGCAAUCUUAACUACUGAAAACGAACAAAAAAACGAUGCGUUUAAUUCCAAGAAGAUUGAAGAAAAUUUGUUAAAAGAUUUUUCCCUGCAAGAAUUCAUGGGAGUCUUAGCAAGUCAACGAUUAUUAAUGCAAAUUCAUUUAGGUGGAGUAAUUGGAACAACAUUUCAAUAUAUUCCCAUGUUAUUUAUGGCGCUAGCUGAGGAACACCAAGUUUGUGAGAUUAAAAUAUCUCAUUUAACUCCGUAUACAAUUCAAUUUUUACGACACAUAAGCGAUUUUUGUUCUGUAAAAUUCGCUGUUAAUGAAUUGAAGUGUAAAGAGGAAGAAUUAUCAACAACCGAUAAUAAUUCCGAUGACGCUUCAUGUGCCAGUGACCACGUACAUUCUGUACUACCAGAGCAACAAGAAUACUUACUUAAGUGCGUGGGCAUCGGGUACAAAAAUAACGUAAAACCAGCAUUUUAAUUGCUAGACGAAAAACUAAAGGUUCAAAACGAAUUUUUUUUUUUAUUUAUGGGGUGUGUAGUAUAAUUUUAGUUAAAAAAAAAAACAAUUUUCUCAACCGUUUUAAACAAUUAAAUAAAGCAGUAGUUUUUUUUAAAACAAUUAAAUAAAG